AUGAAAAUCACUUUAGCUUUUAUAGUUGCUAUUUUGCCAACAGUGUAUGAAUUCUGCUCGCAUGUUGUAGCAAAUGAAGACAAGAGUCAGCUGACUUGUGAUUCCAGUCAAUGUCAAGGCAGACCUGGUAAACGCGGAUCACAAGGACCAAUAGGUUUAACAGGAGCAAAAGGUCAAAAAGGCGAACAAGGAACUGCUGAAAAUCUAGAAGAAAGAAUUAGAGAACUUGAAAGUUCGCUUGCAAAGACAAGUCGGAUUAUUGAGGCUUUACCAAAGAGUGCAUAUUGUUUUAUGGGAAUGAGAAGCAGAGAUAUACCAGACUCAGCUAUUACAGCUUCAUCGAUAUACGACGUAAAUCAUAAUGCGUAUGACGGAAGGCUUGAUAACAGAAAAAAAACAGGAGAUGUAGCAGCAUGGGCGUCCAGACAAAGUCGAAAGGGCGAAUGGCUUCAAGUAGACUUUGGAAGACCGGAACUAGUUAGUGGAAUAAUUACACAGGGAAGAGAGAGUGUAGGUCAAUGGGUGACGUCUUUCACGAUUUCCUGUGGUCUCGGCACUAGUUCUCUGACUACCAUCCAAGAGCAUGGGGCACAAAAGGUGAUUCAUUAA